AAACCUAAUCACAGUGGCCAAUUCGUGCUAGAUUUCGUGCAAACAAUCAUCAUCCGUGAUUAAUAAUAGAUAGUGCAGCGCAUCAAAGCAGAGCGUUCAUUAUUCAUUCGUUAACUCCGAUACUCCUGGAGGCUUCGGACAAUUGGUUUGAUGAUUCAAGCGCAUUUGCAAUAAGAGUGUGUGCUGCCUGUUAAACUACGGUCCAUAUCCUAUGUUCUGUGUAUAUCGAGGGCGUGUUACCUGUGAAAUCAUUUGCUUGUUGAAUGUGGUGAAACAGUUUUUUUUUUGCGGAUCAGGAUAUAUAUGAUAAGAGUUUGUGGAUAAUGAAAUUGUAUUCGACAAAGUUAUCUGCUCGUACGACAAAUUUAUGCGUCAUACAAAUGCGGAAUUACAUAUUCUACGGAUAAAAAUUAUUGCUUCUCCUUUUUACGCUCGGUGUAAAUAGAAUUCACGUAGUAGUACCUUCUUUGGAACUUAGUUUUGUACAUUGUUAAGUUGCAAAAAUAUGUUCCAAAAGUAGUAAAAAUGAUCGAUUGGUUGCGUGCGUGAAUGUUUAAUCCCAUUUACGAUAAGCAAAACUCUCAUGUCUAGCAUCUGUGCUCUGCUGAACCUCUAGUGAUAACUUAGAGAUAUGGUUUUGAUGCCAAUUAAGGCGUUGUGCUACAACCAGAAAGCAUAAUUUGCCUAUUAGAGCAAUAACAACGGAACAAUAUCUAUCCCCGUAUCAAAUCGUGAAUACAGCAAGGUGUCACCGAAAUGUUGAUCGCACAUAUUUGAGAUGAACAUAAACGCUAAAUUGCAUUCAAAUAAAUAUUUGGGAUGUACACAGGAUCCAACAGGAUAAGUUUCCGAUAGAAGUAUUGAUAAGGCAUUAGCAGGGAAGGAAAUGUAUGCUAUCAAAGGUGCGCUUAGUUAAUGUGGAAAACAUGUUCGGUCAGUGGAAGACGGUGAAGUUUUACCUUUAUUCUAGUACGAGUGCAACGAGCUAUGCACUAUAAAUGAACAAACUAUUGCGCCUAUUGGAUGUGGUUUUCUAAUUGACGGUGGUGUACAUGGUGCAAAUUCAUACAUUUUAAUCAAAUCCAUAAACGAUAAUCAUGCCGGAGCUUAUUGGUGUCGGGGAGUUCCUCGAAGAAACUCGAGAGGAUUACAAUUCUCCGACAACGUCCACUUUCGUGUCGCGUAUGGCUCAGUGCCGGCAAACGAUUGCCGCACUCGAAGAGACAUUGGAUUUCGAUCGUGAAGGAUUAACAAAGCUGAAGAAAGCUGUCAAAGCCAUCCAUAAUUCAGGAAACACUCAUGUGGAUAAUGAGAUGUGCUUGGUUCGAGCGCUGGAACGGCUCGGUUCGGUUGCCCUGUCCAAGGAGGAGCCAGAUAUUGGGGCAGCAUUCUUAAAAUUUUCCGUUGUAACCAAAGAACUCAGUGCGCUAAUGAAAACAUUGAUGCAAAACAUCAACAAUAUUGUGAUGUUUCCCGUCGAUUCUCUGCUCAAGUCGGAACUGCGCGGUAUGAAGGGGGAAAUGAAGCGACCCUUCGAUAAGGCGGCCAAAGAUUACGAUUCCAAACUGAUGAAAAUUGAGAAGGAAAAGAAAGCGCUCGCUAAAGAGGUUGGCAUGAUGCGGACAGAGGUUACACCCGCAGAAAUAGCGGAGGAAAUUGAGAAGGAAAGACGCGUGUUCCAGCUCCAGAUGUGCGAGUAUCUUAUAAAAUUCAAUGAAAUUAAAACCAAAAAAGGAAUCGAAUUGCUACAACACUUGGUUGAAUAUUAUCAUGCUCAAAAUAACUACUUUAAGGAUGGUCUAAAAACAAUUGCCCACUUCGGUACAUAUAUCGAGGAACUCAGUAUUAAACUACAAACCAUUCGUCACAAGCAGGACGAAGAGCGUCGGAAGCUGCUCGAACUGCGUACCCUGUUGCGUUCCACGCCAGACUUUGACCGCGUGGAAAAUGUUCCACCGGGCGAUAAGGGGGGAGCGGUAGGGUAUUCAUUACAUCAAUUGCAAGGCGAUAAAAAUCACGGCAUUACUCGUAGUGGGCAUCUGCUGAAGAAAAGCGAAGGAAAAGUGCGACGCGUAUGGCAGAAACGACGAUGUCGUGUUACAGCCGAUGGAUUUCUAGACAUUUGCCAUGCAGACGAAACCAAAGCACCGACACGCGUAAAUUUGCUAACCUGUCAAAUAAAACCUUUAGCAGAUGAUAGGAAAGGCUUUGAUUUAAUUAGUUAUAAUCGAUCUUAUCACUUCCAAGCGGAAGACGAGGCGGACCAGAAAGCAUGGAUGUCGGUACUGAUCAAUUGUAAAGAGAAGGCCCUUGCAAAAGCAUUUCAGCAUGCCAAUCCGCAGAUGAGUCCCAGCUUAAUAGAGUUGCAAAAAACCGUUAUUAAACAUAUACAAAAUUUGCCGGGCAAUGAUCAGUGCUGUGACUGUGGUUCCCGCAACGAUGUCACAUGGAUAAGCUUGAACUUUGGCAUACUGGUGUGCAUUCAAUGCUCGGGAGUGCAUCGGGAUCUGGGCGUGCAUCAUUCGCGCAUACAAAGUUUAACGUUGGACAAUCUGACGACGGCACAGCUUCUCGUGGCCCGUGCAAUGGGCAACAACGCGCUAAACGAAGUAAUGGAAGCUACUCUUGCGCAAGGAAAACUGACACCGGAAAGCUCUAUGGAGGAACGAUACGAUUUCAUUCGUGCUAAAUAUGUAGCUAAACGGUACGUUAUGCGUACAUGUGCCGACGAUCGAGAUCUAAGAAGCGACCUAGAACAAGCCAUCAUUAACGCUGACCUUGGUCAACUUUUACAAGUUUGGGCAGAGGGUGCCGAUUUAACUUGUGUGUUGCCAUCCUCGGAUUUUGGUGAAACGGCACUCCAUUUAGCGGUGUUGCGAGAAAUGGGCUCUACGUUGCAUAUUGUUGACUUCCUUAUUCAAAACAUGACUGCGCAGGGUUUGAACAAACAAACCAACCCACCCGGUCCAAUGGAAAUGAGUGGCAAAAACACUGCACUGCAUCUAUGCGCACUGCACGAUCGUCGGGAAUGCAUGAAGUUAUUACUUCGCUCUGGCUGUGAUUGCGAUAUUCGUAAUUCCCAGAAUAAACUAGCGCUGGAUAUUGCCAAAGAGAUGGGAAACGAAGCAUGCAAAGAAUUGAUUGAACAUGCCAUGAAGCGCGAGAAAAGUGCUUUCGAUCAUAUUAAUACCGAUUGGAACAUACACGACGACGGUUCAACGGACUUUUCCGACGACGAUACGGCUUUGAUGGAUGAAAGGAAGUCACGUUCCCGGCCGCCAAGCUUUGUUGGGGGCGAUUCGCCGGUAGCGUUACGAUCCCGUUCGUCCACCUGUGACUCGAUCCAGAGCGGUUCCAGUCCCAGUUCCAGUUGCAAUCCAAAUGCGGUCCGCGAUCAACGUCAAAUACCACCAAUUCCAUCAUCCGGCACGAGUCCGAAACAGUUCAAUACAUCCGCAUCCUUCUCGCAUUAUGCUAGCGGUACCAGUGGUUCUGUAUCAAAUGUCGUUGGUGUAGUGGGCAGCUCCGCUCCUACAUCGGGUUCUAGUCCAAUAUCUAGCAGCUCCAGUGGCAUCACCAGACCGGGAGCUACAUCGUCGCAACUAACAUCAUCCAGUGUAGCAGCGUUCAAUGUGUCUGCAAGUAAAAAGCCAUCAUCUGUAAAUUUGGGAUCUUUAAAGAAACGCACUGCACCAGCACCUCCACCUACUACCUACGGUACAUUGCCGCAUGCACCGCGACAUUCGCAGAACUUAGACAAUGAAUUGUUCGGCGUUGCGUCGCAGCAUCACGGUGUGCAUGGGCUGCACCAUCAUCAUCCGGAGAUGUACAGUACACUGCCACAUUUGCGAGGAUCCGAUCCGGCAUCUAAUAGCAGUGCCUCGUCCGUACCAGCCGUCUUGUUGUCAAGCGAAAUGCGUGGAGGGUCUACUAAAUCGAUGCAGGCACAGCUACAGUUUGAUAACAAAAUUUUUGAUCGGUAUGAACCGUAUACUUCGUCAAACGCUACUACCAGCAGCGUAAGCAGUGGAAGUCGCGAUCCAAACUUCCUGAGUACCUUCACUGGUGGUCAUAAGCGCUCGCCUAGUGGAGAAUCACUUGGGCGAAACUUAGCUGGUGCUAAAUUAGUUCUGCCACCUGCUGGCGAAAUUCCACAGCUUAAACCUGUGUCCAACCGUCCCAAACAACCAAUCCCUUCCCAAGUGGUUGGAACAAUAAUUGGCAAUUCAGAAAAAUUAAAUUCCAAUGGACAAUCCAAUGAAAGCUUGUCCUCUGUUGAUGAUGCAAUUGUUAUGAGACGAAAGGCGAAAGGUCCCACAGUAUCUACGGAGUACGGAACAAAUAUGGACGAAAUGAUGAAGGGAACGGUCUAUUCCGAUUAUGAUACUUCUGGUAUACGAGUAAACACGCUAGACAACUCGAUAGCGUCUUCGUCGUGUGGUAAUGCCGACUCUUCCAACAGCAGCUAUAGUCGCAACGAUAAGAGCGGUAGUACUGCCUCUGUUGGUUUAGAUUCCUUCAACUUGUCCAGUAGAAGUUUUACCGGAGCAUUGCGGCGGUGCCGAGCACUCUACGAUUGCAAUGCUGAUAACGAUGAUGAGCUUGAGUUCAAGGAGGGCGAAAUAUUGCUCGUACUGAACGAACGAACCGAUGAUGAAAAUUGGAUGGAAGGGCAAAUCGAAGGUGACAACACGAGGCGUGGAAUGUUUCCGGUUAGUUUUGUACAAAUGAUGGACGACUAAGGGUCAUACCAUUCGUUCACCAAGACUAAGCGAAUGCUGUGAAACAAGUUCCCAAGACAAAACGAACAAUUGGUUAAAAGCUGUCACACACACAACUGUUCCUAGUCCCACUCUGACCAAACGCUCGGUGAAAGCUUAUAGGUGACCGAUACAGAUGAAGUUGGUCCUUGAGUUUUACUAAACAAACAAAACUCCUAUAUUCUCUUGCAUUUGUUGUUUGUACCAUUUCGUUCCCAUUUCUUACAUUUUAUUGACACAUUCUAAACGAUAUUUAAGAAUGAGAUUUCACAGAACGUGGUAUCUGUUUCGGCUAUCAUAACGUUUCUAUUUAUUUUACCAUACGUAUAAAAUUCAUAGUCAUGCGUUGUAUGUUAGUUGCAACUCCAGCAGCAAGGAGUUGUCGCACAUGACAUACAUGGAAAAUGAAAAUGAUCGUUCGAAAAUGCGAUUUUGCUAAAUUCGCAUUGAUUAUGUUUCAGGCUGUAACCAUUUUACUCAGUAUAGGUAAAACAAUUAUUUUAUCCUCAAAUGAUAUGUUAUGAUUUUAAUACACAGAAGAAGGUGGUAUUAAUGCAGGACGCAAAAGCAAAAGCCGUCUUAACUUGAUGAAAAAUCAUUUCGAAUAUCAAAAAAAUGCAAAAAAAAUUCUGUGGGUACGAACCAUUAGCCGCAAACAAAGUUGAACCAAAUGAGAGAUCACUAACAUAAAAAGUAAUGUAACGAAUUCCAGUAAAUGUUAUUAGAGAGGAAUGCGAAUUACACAUUUUUCACAUUACUAUGUAAUACAAGAUAGCGAAAUGUAUUUCUAAGUUUUGCCAAGUAAAUUAAAUAACGAAUGACACAUUUACAUAUAUUGUUAACGUUGAAUAUCGUAAAAAAAAUUAUCGCCGUAUGAAGAGAAGCAAAACCAUAUGUUAUAUAACUUCAAUCAAAUGGAAAUUACACGUGCCAGUAUGUAUAAAAUUUUGCAAAAACAAAUCUACUCAGUCAUAUGGACUAUAAGAACUAUACAUUAGUGAGCGAGUUUUUUUUUGUUUGUUUGUUUUACUUUCGAUCGCAAUAAGUUACCUCGAGCGCACUGAAAUGUAUACAAUGUUGAAUUUCAAAUUCAAAACGAGUCCGUACACAUUGUCAUAAAGGCGGUCUGAUUUUAGCACAAUAUAAGUCCAUGCGUUCAUCAUCAUUAUGUGCAGGAAUAUCAGAUUGAUGAGAGAACUUUCGUGCGGUUUUACAAAACAACAGAGAUGUGUAAGUAGUAGCAGCUAAGCCCGCAUAAAAGCUGUGUUUGGCUUCGAAAUUAGUAGCGCAGUACAGUGCAGUAUCAUUCAAGUAUAAAGCGCAUGAGUUUUUAAAACCAUUAACUCUAGCAUGAAAGUCCAUGUUUUGAUCGUGAGUCAACAUACUACAAGCAUAAAUGGAAUAAACUAUAGCCGUACAAACGUAAGCAAGAUCACAAGCAACUGCUAAUAGUUACGGACAUCAUAAUAGUAUUUAUUGAAUAGAAUGUUAACUCGAUUAUAGUAUCUAAAGCGAUUAUACUAAGAAUUAAAUGUACAGAUUUCAUUGUUAGAACAGAAA